UUUUAUUGAGGAGCUCCUCAGCCAAUGAGAGAACCGUGCCGGGAAAUACAGCAGUGGAACUGCACUGGCUCCGACCGUUGCCUGCGCUGAUUUCGGUCUUAGACUGUAUUAAUCAGUGUGAGUGUUUUCUCUCCUUCUCUGCCUGAUCCGAGGGCAGAUCAGCAGAAACCUUGAGCCAAAACUCUUGUGUGUGAGUGUCUCCUUGGAAAGCAGCACACACCCAGGUGAUACUGGGACCUGCCAAUACUAGGGUUUAUUCUUUUGCAAUGUCUUUUUGGGGUGGGAUGACCCAAAGAGCUGAUUGUUAAGACUUUUUUUUUUUUUCCUUCUUCGUAUCAAGAGCAUAUCUGACCUUGUUUUCUGCUUCCACUCCUUGUUUAGGAGGCAGCACUCCUCUGUUUAAGGGACCCUGCCCCUAGUCCUUGAAAAUGAAGUUCAACAUAUUCAAAAAGCCACAGGCCAUGAAGGCCGAAGAGACCACCAGCGUUCCCACUGCGACCAUGGCUCCCUCCCCGGCCAUGGUCACCACCUCCGCACCGGACACUUCUGGCUCCAACAACACGGAGAUCAGCAAGAAUGACAUGUUUGAGGAGAUCAGGACCAAAUUCCUAAAUGAGAUUGAUAAAAUCCCUCUUCCUCCGUGGGCUUUGAUUGCCAUCGCUGUGGUUGCUGCAUUGCUCGUCCUCACUUGCUGUUUCUGCAUAAUCAAAAAGUGCUGCUGCAAGAAGAAGAAGAACAAGAAAGGAAAAAAGGGCAAGGAUGGAUUCAACAUGAAGAACAUGCAGGGCGAGGAUGACGACGAUGAUGAGGAGGAGGGAGAAACUGGAAUCACAGAGGAGGAGAAAGAGGAGGAGGAGAAAGAGCCGGAAAAACUGGGAAAGCUGCAGUACUCUAUAGAUUAUGACUUUGAGAAUACAAAGCUCACAAUCGGCAUCCUCCAAGCUGCAGAUCUCAUAUCCAUGGACUCUGGUGGAACUUCUGAUCCGUAUGUGAAAGUCUUUAUUCUCCCUGAUAAGAAGAAGAAGUAUGACACCAAGGUGCACAAGAAAACACUCAACCCUGUCUUCAAUGAGACAUUUGUUUUCAAGGUACCCUACGAGGAGCUGGGGGGAAAGACCCUAGUGAUGUCUGUUUAUGACUAUGACCGAUUUUCCAAACAUGACGUCAUUGGAGAGGUGAAGGUCGCCAUGAAUACCAUUGACCUUGGACGGCCCAUUGAAGAGUGGCGGGACCUGGAGAGCGCUGAUCAAGAAGAGCCUGAGAAACUUGGAGACAUCUGCAUCUCCCUCCGCUACGUCCCCACUGCCGGGAAACUCACCGUCUGCAUCCUGGAGGCAAAGAACCUGAAGAAGAUGGAUGCCUGCGGCUUAUCUGAUCCUUACGUGAAGAUCCAGCUGCUGCAGGGCGGAAAGCGCCUGAAGAAAAAGAAGACAACAGUGAAGAAGAACACCCUCAAUCCAUAUUACAAUGAAUCCUUCAGCUUUGAAAUCCCCCUGGAACAGAUGCAGAAAAUCUUGGUGGUAGUCACAGUGUUUGAUUAUGACAAGAUAGGUAAGAACGACGCCAUCGGAAAGAUCUUCGUUGGCAGCAAGGCCACCGGCUUAGGUCUUAAGCACUGGUCAGACAUGCUGUCAAAUCCACGCCGCCCCAUUGCCCAGUGGCAUGUAUUGAUGCCAGAGGAGGAUAUUGAUGGUCAGCUGGCAAAACUGGCUGCAAAGAAGUAGCACGCUCCAUCAUCCAGCUCCCGCCCUUGCUCAGAAUAUGAAUCCCCCCUUCCCCUACUUUGCAUGAAUCGCUGGACUUAACAAAUGACUACUUAUCAUGAAUCCUGCUCAGCAAAAAAGAGACAUAGAUUAUCUUCUCACUCAUUGUUACGUCAAAAGGAAACUCUUCUUACGUGUCGGAACUCACAAAGUAGUGUAUGCCGAGAAGAGUGGUGUUGAGUUCCUGGGUGAACGGUUCAUGAAUGAUCAAUUUUAGGUCUUUAUUUAUUUGAGGAAAUGUAGAAACUGAUUAUUAGGGUGCUGACACUGAAUGGAAGUCUUAGUGAAGGCAUUACUGGAUAAAAGCUUUAGUUUAGUUGUUAAAGCAUGCUUUACUUACCUCUCCACUGCUCUGCGCACACCUCCACCCAGUAUUGUAUCUCCCUAAUAAGUGUGCUAUAACCUGCAAUAGAAAGCACCGUAGUACUGAGUUGGUUUACAUCCGCUACAGAAAGCAGAUAUAACUCCGAAUGAAUAAGGAUGAAAUGACUGACUGCAGCAAUCAAAAGUUAGGCAUUAUGUUUUAAAGGCAAAUGUGUCUUCAUUAUAUCGGCAGAAUAGCAGGUAUGACAGUUGUCUGAUGUUUAUCGCUUGUUUAGUCUUGCCAUAAAGGUACAUCUAUGCAUUCAGGUUUAAGACACAUUUCUUCUGGCAGAUCUAAUAUAGUACAGCAUAUAAGAGUGUGCCUUGUGACACUUUGAGACAUACGGUAGGUUACAUACUUUUUUUUAAGAGGUCGAAUCUCAUUCAAAAGCUGUCACUGUGAAUGUGCCACCGGAUUUUUUGGCUUGAGCUGUGUUGAUCACCUGGAUGUUAAACCUUAUUUGUCCAUGGCAGGAGUAAGGACACCAGAGGGAUUCCCGCUGGUGCUCAAAACAGUUACGACCAUGCUUCUUUUCAAUUCUGCAGCUGCUUCUGAAUAACAGUGCCAUCCAAUCUAUUUUACUGUGGAGUCUGUUGAAACUGAGGGUCCUUGACUAACGCUGUAGUUCAGUCAUUUCUAGCAAAGAUGAGAGAUUUUUAUAUAGAACUGAAUUUAAAACCUGAGAUGUAGUUUCACUUUUUAAACAAAAAAUGUCCUUUCGGGUGUAACAUAAACGUUUCUGGACUCAAAAUAUGAGCUUAAUUAGUCUUGGAGCGUAAAGGAUGGUAACAGGUGGUGUUCAAGCUUCAUCCCAGGUGUACUGCAUCACAUUCAUUUCCAAAGGUUAGGAGGCAAAAAUGAACAUAAUGAUCAAUUCACUAUGAAUAUCUGAAUACUGUUUUUUUUUAUUACUUUUUAAAUUUUAUCUUUAGUUUGUUAUAUGAACAAUUCAAACGUUUUCUCAGCUGCAAAAUCUUUAUUUUUAGCAUUUAAAUGAUUUCAUUUUAGUGAAACUUGGGCAUAUAUUGAAGUCGAGCUCAUUCAGACGCCAACAUUUCAAAUGCGAGAACAAUUUAUUAAUGGAAGAUAAGAACGGUAUUUGAAAUUAUUCUUGACUAAGGGUAUUAUUACUCUGUUAAGUACUUCUUCAGUUUCUAGAAGGAAUUUUGAACACUAGUGAAGUUGCUUAGUAAUAUAUUUAAUUCAUUAUCAAAAUCUCCAAACUGGAAGUGAAAAAGAAAUCCCACAACAAUUACAGAUUUCCAUGAUGCCAGUCACAAGUACAUUUAUUUCCACAUUUCAUGAUACAAAAAUGAAUCUAUUAAAGGAUAUAGGAUAAGUUAGAAACAUCCAGCUUCUUUACUCUGAAAGUAUCAUUAAAAAAAUGUAGGCAAAACUACUCAAUACUCAUCAACAAUGAAACGUGAAUCACAAGAUCCAUGGAUUUCUUAAUCAUGAAAGCAGAAUUGACGUGUGUGAUCAGUGUGCGAUUGCAGAGUUUAUAUGAUGUUCAAAAUUGUAAGGCCCAUCAGUUAAGCAAUUUGGCUGGAGACUGCACCGCCGCUUAAAAUGUAGUUUUUUUUCAGCCUUCCAUCGCAAGCAAAGAAACCAACCCACAAUUCAAUUCAGCCAUGCAAGAUGUUGCUAAGAAACCUCAAACAUGUGACUCCUGCAUAAUAAUGUUAAAUGACGUGCUAUUUAAAAUCGAUUUAAGAACAAACACCACUUGAGGUCUCAAAGCAAAAAGUACUCUAAUAAUAAUGUUCAGAUAACAUUUCAAUAAAUCAGUGAAACACAAUAUCGAAUAUGAGUCACAAGUUUUCAAAGAAUUUGUAAAAUUUCAAUUCGGUACCAAUUUCAGCUUUAAUUUGAAAUAAUAAUUGCUUUUUUUUUAAAUUUCCUAGAUAUUUUGGCAUCCAUAUUAGAGGUAUUAAAAGGAAGGUAGACAGCAGCUUGCUGCUUCAUCCACAGUACUUCUUUCUAUUGUUAAAAUUAUGCAUUGCGCAGAUUUGUUCAUAGGCUACAGCAUGUAAUUACAAAGUGAUGUAAAUAGUAGCAUGUUUUAAAGAGAAACUAGAAUUAUAUUGUGUACGUGUGUUUGUGUUGUGUGUCAUUUUUGAUAAUAAAACAGUAAAAAAAAAAGUAUGCUGUGGCUGCAAAGUGUAUGUAUUUUUUUAUGGUUGGGACUGAGUGGCGCGUAUGUCUGGAAAAUCCACGGGAGAGUUCACGUUGAUCGAUUGAAAGCUGGGUUGCCUUGUGUGUCACAUGUGAGUUCUGAGUUCUAAAAAUACUGCACGACUUGGAGUUUUUCCUGUCAUUGUUUCUGUGUCGUCUGUACUAAAUGCAGUGUUGCAAUAGUCCCAGGCUGCAAGUGAGGUAAUUAUUGUUCCUUUUUGAAUGCACUGUGUGUGUCAGUAGCCCAAGGACUGCAUCAUAUUUCAAACCACUUCCCUCUCAGUGUGUCAUGUGUUUCCUUUAUUCAAUUCUGCCGCAUGAGCCAAACUGUGGCUUCUCAUCUUAUUUCAAUCCACCUGGCAAUAUGGAAAGCGUUACCACACCUCAUGGAGGUCAGUUUGAUAAAGAAAACAUAUUUGACUACAAACACCCCUUUAUGAAAGAGCAAAAAAAAAAAAAAAGGACUGCAAUGGGAUGGGCUGGUGUGCUAUUUGUGCGUGCUCCAAGAUUUGGACAUUUGUAAUCUAGAAGUUUGUCAUGGCAGACGAUAUGUACCACAUUUGCCACCACAUACAUCGUUCUUGUCAACACUGAGAGCAUCAAGAUGAACAACCCUAAUCUCCAUGACAGUCCAUCUUUUAUAGAAUAAUGGAGCUAUGUCUCAGCAUUCAAGGGGCUGAGAGGGAGGUGGAAGAUUCAUUUGAACAGUGUGUCAGUUUUUAAUGUAUUUGUGAAAAGGCAACUCAUUGCUAUAUUUUAUACUCCAUGUUCUUUAAAUCAAUUUCAUAUCAAGUCAGAUCAUAGCAACAUGAGAUAUCUAUUUACUGUUUUGUGAAUUGGCAAAACGGUCCAAAAGAGCUUUGAUUUGUAUGAAUUAUAUGAGUUGUCCGUGCGGUGCACACAACAAAAUCCCUGUCUUCCCGGGUCUUAAGCACAGAGUAGACCCUCAGAGUGCAGAAUCAACAUUUUCAACGCAAUACUGCCAACCUGCCUGAUCCUCUUACGUCAAGAUAGCCAUAAUGCAGAACAUCUAAAGAUCUAAUUCCUUUCCUACGCACUUCUGUAUUCACUUACCAAGCAACAGAGGCAAGGCAAAUGCUUGUCUCUCUUGACUCUUGUUUUGUCUUGUCGUUGAAGUGUGUGUCAAUUGCUGUGCCUUUUUGUGAAAUGCAUGAUUUGAUUUACUGACAAAAGUCCAUGUUUUCCAUAAAAUGGAGCUACGAAAAACACCAAAUAAAAAUGUGUAAAUGUACAUUAAUCUGUUUAGAAAUGUGAUACCCAAGAGAGCCAGCACAUAUCUGUGUGAAACUGUAAUCAUAGAUAA